AUGAUCGCCUCCCACCUGCUGGCUUACUUCUUCACCGAGCUCAACCAUGACCAAGUGCAGAAGGUGGAUCAAUACCUGUACCAUAUGCGUCUCUCGGACGAAAACCUGCAGGAGAUCUCGGAGCGGUUCCGGAAGGAGAUGGAGAAGGGGCUGGCGGCCGACACUCACCCCACGGCCUCCGUCAAGAUGCUGCCCACCUUCGUGCGGUCCACGCCGGAUGGGACGGAGGACGGAGAUUUCCUGGCCCUGGACCUAGGAGGGACUAACUUCCGCGUGCUGCGGGUGAGGGUGACGGACAACGGCCUGCAGAAGGUGGACAUGGAGAACCAAAUCUACGCCAUCCCCGAGGACCUCAUGCGGGGCAGCGGCACCCAGCUGUUUGAUCACAUCGCCGAGUGCCUGGCCAACUUCAUGGAGAAACUCCAGAUCAAGAACAAGAAGCUGCCCCUGGGCUUCACCUUCUCCUUCCCGUGCCACCAGACCAAGCUGGACGAGAGUUUCCUGGUGACGUGGACCAAGGGGUUCAAGUCCAGCGGGGUGGAGGGGAGAGACGUCGUGGCCCUGCUCCGGGAUGCCAUCCGCAAGCGAGGGGACUUCGACCUCGACAUCGUGGCCGUGGUGAACGACACGGUGGGGACGAUGAUGACUUGCGGCUACGAUGACCAGAACUGCGAGAUCGGCCUCAUCGUGGGGACGGGCAGCAACGCGUGUUACAUGGAGGAGCUGCGACACGUGGAGCUGGUGGAAGGGGACGAGGGCCGCAUGUGCGUUAACAUGGAGUGGGGGGCCUUCGGGGACAACGGGGAGCUCGGCGACUUCCGCACCGACUUUGACCGCGAGAUCGACGCCGCCUCGCUCAACCCCGGAAAGCAGCUGUUUGAGAAGAUGAUCAGCGGGCUGUACCUGGGGGAGCUGGUCCGCCUGGUCUUGGUCCGCAUGGCCAAAGAGGAGCAGCUGUUCGGCGGGAAGCUGACCCCCGAGCUGCUGACCGCCGGCUGCUUGGAGACCAGAGACGUCUCUGCCAUCGAAGGGGAGAAGGACGGAGUGAGGGAGGCCCACGUGGUGCUGAGCCGGCUGGGACUGGAGCCCACGCAGGAGGACUGCGUGGCCGCCCACCGCGUCUGCCAGAUCGUGACCACUCGCUCGGCCGGCCUCUGCGCCGCCACCCUGGCCGCCGUCCUGCGUCGCCUCAAGGAGAACAAGGGCGAGGAGCGGCUCCGUUCCACCAUCGGCGUGGACGGCUCCGUCUACAAGAAGCACCCGCACUUCGCCCGACGGCUGCAGAAGACUCUGCGGCGGCUGGUACCGGACUGCGACGUCCGCUUCCUGCGCUCGGAGGACGGCAGCGGGAAGGGGGCGGCCAUGGUGACGGCCGUGGCCCACCGGCUGGCCAACCAGCAGCGGGCCCGCCAGGAGACCCUGGAGACCCUCAGGCUGAGCCCCGACCAGCUGCUGGACGUCAAAAGGAGGCUGAGGCUCGAGAUGGACAACGGCCUGGCCAGGGACACCCACGCCGCCGCCUCCGUCAAGAUGCUGCCGUCCUACGUCCGCGCCACCCCCGACGGGACAGAGAAAGGGGAUUUCCUGGCGCUGGACCUCGGAGGCACCAACUUCCGGGUCUUGUUGGUACGAGUGCGGGCCGGGCUCAGGCGCGGCGUCGAGAUGCACAGCAAGAUCUACUCCAUCCCUCAGGAGAUCACGCAGGGCACGGGAGACGAGCUGUUCGACCACAUCGUUCACUGCAUCGCCGACUUCCUGGAGUACAUGGGGAUGAAGGGGGUCUCGCUCCCCCUCGGCUUCACCUUCUCCUUCCCCUGCCACCAGACCAACCUGGACGAGGGAAUCCUCCUCAAAUGGACAAAGGGCUUCAAGGCCACCGGCUGUGAGGGAGAGGACGUGGUCGCGCUGUUGAAGGAGGCCAUUCACCGCCGCGAGGAGUUUGACCUGGACGUGGUGGCCAUCGUGAACGACACCGUGGGCACCAUGAUGGCCUGCGGCCACGAAGACCCUCGCUGCGAAGUCGGCCUCAUCGUCGGGACGGGCAGCAACGUGUGUUACAUGGAGGAGCUGCGUCACGUGGAGCUGGUGGAAGGGGACGAGGGCCGCAUGUGCAUUAACAUGGAGUGGGGGGCCUUCGGGGACAACGGGGAGCUGGACCACCUCCGCACCGACUUCGACGUGGCCGUCGACGAGUCGUCCCUCAACGUCGGCCGACAGAGGUUCGAGAAGAUGAUCAGCGGGCUGUACCUGGGGGAGAUCGUCCGUACGGUCCUCCUCCACUUCACCGAGCGCGGCCUGCUCUUCCGCGGACGCAUCUCCGAGCGUCUGAAGACCCGCGGCAUCUUCGAGACCAAGUUCCUGUCGCAGAUCGAGAGCGACGGGCUGGCCCUGCUCCAGGUGCGAGCCGUCCUGCAGCACCUGGGCCUGGAGAGCACGUGCGACGACAGCAUCAUCGUGAAGGAGGUGUGCACUGUGGUGGCCCGCCGGGCGGCCCAGCUCUGCGGGGCCGGGGUGGCCGCCGUCGUGGACAAGAUCCGGGACGGUCGCCGGCUGGACUCCCUCCAGGUCACCGUGGGCGUGGACGGGACCCUCUUCAAGCUGCAUCCUCACUUUUCCACGAUCAUGAUGGAGACAGUGAAGCAGCUGGCCCCCAACUGCGAAGUGUCGUUCCUGCCCUCGGAGGACGGCAGCGGCAAGGGGGCGGCCCUCAUCGCGGCCGUGGCCUGCAGGAUCCGCGAAGCCGGCCAGCGCUGA